AUGGACAUCGAGAGGGUCAACUCCAUGGACUUCGGAGAAUUUGUGGACGUGUUUGGGAAUGUCAUUGAGAGAUGUCCUCUGAUUGCAGCGGCUAUUUGGUCCCAGCGCCCAUUCUCUGACCUGGGAGAUUUAGAGAAGCACUUUUUUGCCUUUAUCGACACUCUACCAGAGUCAGGCCAAGAGGGCAUCCUGCGCUGCCACCCGGACCUGGCUGGCCGCGAGCUGCAGCGGGGCACGCUCACGGCUGAGUCGCAGCGGGAACAGAGCGGCGCGGGGCUCGCCAGCCUGGGCACGGACGAGAGGCUCCGGCUGGCGGAGCUCAACGCGCAGUACCGCGCGCGCUUCGGCUUCCCCUUCGUGCUCGCCGCGCGCCUCAGCGACCGGGCGGCGGUGCCUCGCGAGCUGGCCCGCCGGCUGCACUGCCCGCCAGCGCAGGAGCUGCGCACCGCCCUGGGCGAGGUGAAGAAGAUCGGCCGCCUGCGUCUCGCCGACAUCCUGGGAGCCGACCCAGCCAAGCUGUAG